CUAGAUGAGAAGAACCCAUUCUAUGAGUUAGUAGUCAUUUGUAGUACUUCGGGUCAAUUUGACCAAACCGUCAAUUCGUUCAAAGAUAUUAUAAAGAAGUCUAAGUUAGUAUGUAUAAAAGACUCUGAGUUGUUAGAUUGGAUAAAGAAGUACCAAAGAAGAGUUUUGAAGUACAAUGCUAUAAAUGAGUAUAUAAAUUCGAAGUUUAAAGACCCAAAUGAGGAAAUGCAGAGAAUAUUAGAGAAGAAACACUUCAGAAACAAACAGAAAGAGAUAGAAUACAUUUCGAAGAAAUUGCAAUCUUACGAUUGGAAGACUUACCCUCAUAGAUGUCUUCUUAUCUUAGAUGACUUUGCUUCUCAUCCUUUGUUAAAGAAUAGAGAACAAGACAUGUGUCGAAUUCUUAAGAAGCUCAGACACUUUAACAUCUCUGUUGUCAUUUGUGUACAGACAGCAAAGAGUUUAAGUAAGGAUGUUAAAAGAAUACUUACUGAUAUCAUACUUUUCCCCGGAUUGUCCGAAGACGAUUUCAUGGAACUUAUGAAAGAGUCCAUGGCAGGUAAGUUUGACAGACAUGAACUAUGGGAGAAGUACAAAGUCAUACAAGACCCUCAUACUUCUUUCAGAAUUCAUAUCUACGCAAACAAAGUUCAAAUUGUAAAAAGUCAAUAA